AUGAAAAUAGAAGCAGAUGGUAAGAAGAGUUUUGUUGAAACUGAUAUGUAUCGACGUCGAUGUGCUGAUGAGCCGGAACUAUUCUUUAAACCAUGUCCAAUGAAUGAUAAGAAUAAACCACGUGGAUGUGGAAAACUCACUACUUAUGUAAAAGAACCAGUUUCGAAAGGUCGUACAAGAGAAAUAACAUUGAUGCGACGUUUCUGUGCUACAGAAGGUGCUGAACCCGAAGAAGUCAAAUGUGUUAAUCGUCAUUCAGAAGGCGGUUUCUCUGAAAUUUGUAUUUGUGGUAGUGAUAAUUGUAAUUCUGCACCCCAGUUGUCAAUGAAAUCAACUCCUUUCACUUACUUUCUUCUAUUCUCCUUUCCAUACAUAUACUACUUAAUAACUAAAUAG